AUGCCAACAACCGGUCCAGCCGCCGGCACCGUAGAUGAAAGUUCAGUUCCUGUAGCAAAUCCAGCUGCUAGCAGCACCACCAGCAACUCAAAUGACAGUUCAGGACGUGAAGAGAGUCCACCCACUAGUAGCAGUCCACUCGGCACCCCAGAUGAAAAUGACCCACCGUCCCCUAUAGUCACUGAAACAAGUCCAACCCCCUCCACAGUCACUGAAACAAGCCCAACUCCAUCCACAGUCACUGAAACAAGUCCAACCCCCUCCACAGUCACUGAAACAAGCCCAACCCCCUCUACAGUCACUGAAACAAGCCCAACACCCUCCACAGUCACUGAAACAAGCCUAACCACAAGCAGACCCACCAGCAGUGUUUCAACCGGCACCCAAGAUGACAGACCAGACCCAACCCCCUCUACAGUCACUGAAACAAGCCCAACCCCCUCCACAGUCACUGAAAAUCCUAUAGAACCGGCAAUCCAAAUAUCAGCCGAGACAGCUGUGGUAACUUCCUCAACGGCUGCAUCAGCAGCAGCAUCACUGGCGAACGUGGCCGCAAGCGCAGCUGUCGCGCUAACAGGAAACUCAUCAGAAACAGAAGAGGCCAGACGGAGGGCUGCAGACGCCGCUCUCAAUGCAGCCACCGCAGCCAGGGACUUCGCACAAGGCAGAAUUAGCGCAGCGGAUGUAGUGGCGGCGGCAGACGAGGCAGCGGACGCUGCUGAAAAUUCUACAGCGUUCGCGACAGAGGCUUUGGAGGGAAGCAGUGGGGACAUCCAAUUUGCGCAGUUACUUGCGGAGUUAGCAGAAAACGCUUCGGCUCUAGCAAGAUUAUCUGCUAACGUGGCGGCCUUGGCGGAAAAUGUUUCCGCUUCAGGAGUCAUUGUGGAGAACGCUACAGACGUUAUCGCUCGGGCGAGAAUGGCAAACCAAGAGGUUGAGCGGUUAGGGCAACAACUUCAAGAGUUACUGGAUUCACAAACUCUGCCGCCAGGUGUAGAGGACAACGUAAGGCGAGCCAUAGAGGUGGCUAACCGCACGGCAGCUCUGGCACUGGAAACAGCAAAUGUUGCGCAAGAUACGCUCGACGCAGCAGAUCGAGUUGCCGCAUCGACCGAAGAUGAAGCUCUGCUAUUUGCUGAAUUAGCCAUGCGACGAGCAGUAGAUGCAGCACAAAGCGCAACUCAGGUGGCACAGACGGCAGCAGGAGAACCAUCACAAGCUUCUCGACAAGCCUUGUUAGUGGCCGCAGCAGUGUCCCUCACGGUCGCAGCGGCCGAAGCCACCGGGGUAGAUCUGGGCAACCGAACUACCAUCACGUUGCAAAGGGCGGCCGAAGCUAUCAAGGCGGCAUUAGCGGUCACGGAAGAUGACGCUGACCCGCAGACCGCUAGAGACGCCAUGCAAAGGGCGGCAGACGCGGCAGAAGAGGUGUCCGCCGUGCUAGCUGGAGCGGUAAACGCGUCGACGAUGGGACAGAUUGAAGAGCAGGCUGCAGACGUGUCGGCCCGAGCGGCGGCAGCGGCUAGCCAAGCCGUGACAGCUGAUUCGGAUGAUUUUCCCAACAUUGCUGAGCAACUCUCAAUGGUAGCAGAGGAAGCUGAGGAAUUAUUUUCCGGUCAGCCAUCAAUGAUGCCGACUGCGGAACAGGUAGAAGCCUUUCAACGAGCGCAAGAGGUCGGACGACUGUUAAGAAUCACUGGGAGUUUAGCAGCAGUAGUGGACGACGACAACUUGCGAAUAUUAUUGGAUGUUGCAAACGACACGGUUAGCGCAGCAAUGGGAAUGAUGACAAACCCUUCAAUGGAAGAAGUGGAAGCUUCGCAACGAGCCUCAUUAGCAGCCACGGCAUUGACCCUCUCCAUUGCGGCAGCGCAAACAACCGGAGAAGACCUCGGCAAUCUCACUAUUGCCAUGCAAAAGGCGGCCAAUGCUACCGCAGCAGCAUUAGCUGUUGUGAACGGACCCCAAGACCGGCAGGCUGCCAUAGCCGCGGCAAAUAUAGCAGCCGAAUGCGCGGCGGCAACAGCCGAGGAAUUAGCUGCUGAGUUAGCCGAUGCAGUAAACGAAUCGUCGGCAGGAAGAGUCCCAGAGGGGGUUCUAAACGUGUCGGCCCGAGCAGCGGUGGCGGCGAGAACAGCUACCACGGGAGAUCCAGAUGCCGCUGCGGAACAACUGACAGAGGUGGCAAGGUUUGCUCAAGAUGUAUUUGCAAAUCCACCAGACAUGCAGACUUCUGAUGAAUUAGAAGCAUUUGAACAAGCGGAAAAUGUUGCCGAGCAGGCAGAACUUGCAGCAAUUCUUGCGAGCGCUGUAAACGACGAAGAAGACGCGCGGACGUUAGCAGAUCUUGCAAACGACACGUUAAACGCAGCAAUGGGAAUAAUAGUCAUUGAUCCAUUGGAAGAAGUGGAAGCUUCGCAACGCGCCUCGUUAGCAGCCGCGGCAUUGUCCCUCUCAAUUGCGGCGGCUCAAACCACCGGAGAAGACCUCGGCAAUCUCACUAUUGCCAUGCAAAAGGCGGCCAAUGCUACCGCAGCAGCAUUAGCGGUUGUGAACGGACCCCAAGACCGGCAGGCUGCCAUAGACGCAGCAAACAUGGCAGCCGAAUGCGCGGCGACCACGGCCGAGGAAUUGGCUGCUGAGUUAUCCGAUGCAGUAAACGAAUCGGCGACAGGAAGAGUCCCAGAGGACGUUCUGAACGUGUCGGCCCGAGCAGCGGUUGCGGCAAGAACAGCUACCAUGGGAGAUCCAGAUGCCGCCGCGGAACAACUGACAGAGUUGGCAAGGUUCGCUCAAGAUGUAUUUGCAAAUCCCCCAGACAUGCCGACUUCAGAUGAAUUAGAAGCAUUUGAACAAGCGGAAGAUGUGGCCCAACAGGCAGAAGUUACAGCAAUUUUGGCAAGCGCUGUAAACGACGAAGAAGACGCGCAAACGUUAGCGGAUCUUGCAAACGCGACGCUAAAUGCUGCAAUUGGAAUGAUGAACGCUCCAUCGGACGAAGUGGAAGCUUCGCAACGAGCCUCGUUAGCAGCCACGGCGUUGUCCCUCACAAUCGCAGCGGCGAAUACCAGCGGAGAAGACCUAGGCAAUCGCAGCACUAUUGCGAUGCAAAAGGCAGAAGAAGCUACCGCAGCGGCAUUAGCGGUCGUGAACGAACCGGAAGACCGGCAGGCUGCCAUUGACGCAGCAAUUAUGGCAGCUGAAUGCGCAGCAACCACAGCCGAGGACUUAACUCAAGCGUUGGAAAAUGCGGUAAGCCAAUCAGCGACAGGCAGGGGCCCACAGGAUUUUGUGGACGUGUCAGCCCAAGCGGCGAAUGCAGCCAGAGAAGCUGCUACGGGAAAUCUAGACACCGCAGCGGAACAACUGGCAAUGGUGGCAAGGUCCGCUCAAGAUCUAUUUGCAAAUCGGUCAGGCGUGCUGACUUUAGAUCAAUUGGAAGCCUUGCAACAAGCAGAAGAAGUGGCCAAUCAGGCAGAAAUUGCUGCAAUUUUGGCGAGCACUGUCAACGACGAAGAUGGCGCGCGAAGGUUGACGGAUCGGGCAGAGAGCACGGUCAACGCAACCAGGGAACUGAUAGAAAGUACCAGAAUGUCCGUCGUCGACUCGGUGCGCAACUCACUCACGGCGAGUUUGACGUCCACGACCGCAGCGCUCACCGCAACGUGUUCGGUCCUGGCGGCCAGCGCCGGAGCAGGGACUUCAGCUGAAAUGGCAUUAAACAGUGCACAGGUAGCGGCUGAGGCUGGGAGCAGCCUUACAAACAUGUCACGGAACAGCACCUCCGAGGCAGCCGCCGCCGCCAUUGCGGCGGCCAAUGCGUGCAUGGUCGCAGCCGAAGCGGCGGCACUCAAUGCUUCACAAAAUGGAUCCGCGACGGCCAUGCAGCUCGCAGAGUUUGCCAGGGAGGUUGCCGCCAUUGCAACCAGGGCGGGGGAAGCGGCAAGAAACAUCUCAGGCGACAACGCCACCACGGAAACCGUAAUGUCCGUGUCCGAGGUGGCCACAAACAUAAACACUGACUCGAUGGCGCUUUUCACCAGGCUGGAGGCGAUUGCUUCCAAUACUUCGCAAGAAUUGGCGGACAUCGUUGAUCAGCAGGCAAUCUUGACCGUGACAGCCCCGACCCUGGCGACAACGAUGGCCACCGCGCAAGUGGCAGAUCUGGCAAAUGACGCCAUGUCCCAAACCAGCAGUGACACAACGGCGUUGGAAACUCAGGCGUCCACGGCGGCCUCCAACGCAUUACGUGCAGUGAAUGCGGCCAGAUCGGCGUUUACAAUCAUCACUGGAACGAGCGCCGCCAACGUCUGCUCACUGGCAUUGACCGCUGCGCUCGGCGCUGCCGCUCUCUGGUGGCUAUUGUGA